CAGCUCUAGAGGUGGUCGACGUCCAAACAGCGCUACGCGCAAGGGGCUUAGCCGGAAUCCGCGUGCGAGACAGACUCGCCUGCUGCUCCCUCGUCUUCCGCUGCAGCAGCUGCUGAGAAGCUUUCCCUUCUGUCUCCCGUCGUCCUUUGGAUGUCACCCAUCUAAUCCACCCCACACCCCUCUUUGCUUCAUCAUGUUGCGCACCACGUUGCGCCAAUGCUCCCGGCAGCUACAGAGCUGUUCGGCCAAAGCAAGGCUCUCGACCAUCGCCGCUUCGCCCGCCAGGACAAGUGCAAUCUCGAGCUGCCGCCGCCCGCUGGCUGUUGCCCAGCGUCGCCAAUAUGCCCUCGCCGCCGAAGAUACCGACAAGGGCGUUGACCCCAACGACAGCUUCUUGAGCGGCAACACCGCCAACUAUGUCGACGAGAUGUACAUGCAGUGGAAGCGCGAGCCGUCGAGCGUCCACGUCUCGUGGCAGGUCUACUUCCGCAACAUGGAGUCCGGCGACAUGCCCACUUCGCAAGCCUUCCAACCACCACCGACGAUUGUCCCUUCCACCAGCUCUGGAAUUUCUGAUAUCAGGCCUGGUCUUGGCAUGGGUCCCGGCGAGGGCUCAGACGUCAUGAACCAUCUGAAGGUCCAGUUGCUGGUGCGCGCGUAUCAGUCUCGAGGACACCACAAGGCGCGCAUCGACCCCCUCGGUAUCCGUACCGAGGCUGAGCAGUUUGGAUACAGCAAGCCCCGCGAGUUGGAGCUCUCCCACUACAACUUCACCGAGAAGGAUCUGGACCAGGAUAUCGAGCUUGGCCCAGGUAUCUUGCCUCGCUUCAAGACCGAGAACCGCAGCAAGAUGACUCUGCGCGAGAUCAUCCAGGCUUGCGAGCGCCUUUACUGCGGAUCCUACGGUAUCGAGUACAUCCACAUUCCCGAUAGGGAGCAGUGCGACUGGCUGCGUGCGCGUAUCGAGGUCCCCCAGCCCUUCAAGUACUCCGUCGAUGAGAAGCGCCGCAUUCUGGACCGUCUGAUCUGGGGUACCAACUUCGAGGCUUUCUUGGCGACAAAAUACCCCAACGACAAGCGUUUUGGUCUCGAGGGUGGCGAGAGUUUGAUUCCUGGUAUGAAGGCUUUGAUCGAUCGCAGUGUCGAUUAUGGUGUCAAGGACAUCGUCAUUGGUAUGCCUCAUCGUGGACGUCUGAACGUCUUGUCAAACGUCGUCAGGAAGCCCAACGAAUCUAUCUUCAGCGAGUUCGCUGGUAGCACCGAGCCCUCCGACGAGGGAUCUGGUGAUGUGAAGUACCACUUGGGCAUGAACUUCGAGCGUCCCACACCCUCCGGAAAGCGUGUCCAGCUUUCUCUGGUCGCUAACCCCUCUCACUUGGAAGCCGAGGAUCCCGUCGUUCUCGGAAAGACUCGCGCCAUUCUGCACUACAACAACGAUGAGAAGGAGGCCCGCACCGCUAUGGGCGUGCUCCUCCACGGCGACGCUGCUUUCGCCGGUCAGGGUAUUGUGUACGAGACCAUGGGAUUCCACGCUCUUCCCAGCUACCACACCGGAGGAACUAUCCACAUCGUUGUCAACAACCAGAUUGGUUUCACCACCGAUCCCCGAUUCUCUCGUUCUACUCCUUACUGCUCGGAUAUUGCCAAGGCUAUCGAUGCUCCCGUCUUCCACGUCAACGGUGAUGAUGUCGAGGCCAUGAACUUCGUCUGCCAGCUUGCUGCUGACUUCCGUGCUGAGUUUAAGAAGGACGUUGUCAUUGACAUGGUCUGCUACCGUAAGCAAGGUCACAACGAGACAGAUCAGCCUUUCUUCACCCAGCCUCUCAUGUACAAGAAGAUCUCGGAACAGAAGCCUACCCUCGACCUCUACGUCAACAAGCUUCUGGAGGAGAAGACCUUCACCAAGGAGGACAUUGAGGAGCACAAGGCCUGGGUUUGGGGCAUGCUUGACGAGAGCUUCAACCGCAGCAAGGACUACCAGCCGACCGCUAAGGAGUGGCUGACCUCUGCAUGGAACGGCUUCAAGUCGCCAAAGGAGCUCGCUACCGAGGUUCUGCCACAUUUGCCUACCGCCGUUGAGGACUCGACGCUGAAGCACAUCGCCGAGAAGAUUGGCAACCCCCCGGCGGACUUCAACGUACACAAGAACCUCAAGCGUAUCUUGGCUGGCCGUACAAAGACCGUUGAAGAUGGCAAGAACAUCGACAUGGCCACCGCGGAAGCACUGGCCUUUGGAUCUCUGUGCAUGGAAGGCCACCACGUCCGUGUAUCCGGUCAGGAUGUCGAACGUGGAACCUUCUCCCAGCGUCACGCUGUUCUUCACGACCAGGAGAACGAGAAGACCUACACCCCUCUGCAGCACCUCAGUGAGGGCCAGGAGACCUUCACUGUCUGCAACUCCUCGCUGAGCGAGUACGGAGUGCUUGGAUUCGAAUACGGAUACUCUCUCUCCUCGCCUAAUGCGCUUGUCAUGUGGGAGGCUCAGUUUGGCGACUUCGCCAACACUGCUCAGGUCAUCAUUGAUCAGUUCGUUGCCUCUGCCGAAGUCAAGUGGCUUCAGCGUUCUGGCCUUGUUCUAAGCUUGCCCCAUGGUUACGAUGGCCAAGGCCCCGAGCACUCUUCCGGUCGUAUGGAGCGCUAUCUGCAGCUGGUCAAUGAGGAUCCUCGUAUCUUCCCUGCACCGGAGAAGCUUGAGCGUCAACACCAGGACUGCAACCUCCAAAUUGCCUACUGCACAAAGCCUUCCAACUACUUCCAUCUGCUCCGUCGCCAGAUGAACCGCCAGUUCCGCAAGCCUUUGAUCCUCUUCUUCUCUAAGUCUCUACUUCGUCACCCCAUGGCUCGCUCGAGCAUCGAGGAGUUCACUGGAGAAUCUCACUUCGAAUGGAUUGUCAAGGACCCAGCCCACGAGUCUGGUGAGAUCGGCACAAACGAGGAGAUCAAGCGCGUCAUCCUCUGCACAGGCCAGGUCUACACUGCUCUUGUCAACGAGCGCAAGGCUCGCGGUCUCACUGAUGUUGCCAUCACCCGUAUUGAGCAGCUGAACCCCUUCCCAUGGGAGCAGCUGAAGGAGAACCUCGACUCGUAUCCCAAUGCUCAGAACAUCAUCUGGGCACAGGAAGAGCCCCUUAACGCUGGUGCUUGGAGCUUCACACAACCCAGAAUCGAGACCUUGUUGAACCAGACAGAACACCACAACAGGCGUCACGUCAUGUACGCUGGUCGCAACCCCAGUGCUUCCGUUGCUACUGGUCUGAAGGCUUCGCACAAGAAGGAGGAGAAGGACUUGCUGGAAAUGGCCUUCACCGUCAAGCAGGAUAGGUUGAAGGGCGAGUAAAGUAACAAGGAGGUGUAGGGAGAUUCUCUAUGUUUUCAAUAGUCUGUACGAGUUUGCUUGCAUUGUUUUAUCCCCCAUUUAUGCGACGGUCGCCUUUCAGAGCGUCAUGAGGCUUUUUGAAGGGUUGGAUAGAGACUCUUCCUGUACAUUUGCAUAGCUACGAGUGUAUAUG